GUCAGCGGAAGGUUCCGCCGUUUCCGCCCGGAACUUCGUAGAAGCGACACCAGCGUACAGCAGCAGUCCGGUUAGAUUUGCUGCUAGCUACAGUGGAUAAACAGUUAUUUCACGGAAGGCCCUUUUAGAUGACCGCUUCACCUGCUCGUAAGCACAGCUCUUUGAAGAUGUGCCGCUGAAGAAUGCAAUAGAUAUUAAGCCUGCAGUUAGUUCGGAGACUGUUGUCAUCCCGGUAGUCAUGGAGAAGCCAAGGAGGUUAUGGGGGGCACUGGAGGCAUGUUUGCUGACAGUGUGCGCCUGGUCCUGGGGAGUUUGUCGUGUCUCCCUGCUGGCCCUCAUUCUGACCUUCCACCUGUACGGAGGCUUCAUACUGCUGGGCCUCAUCCUGGUCUCUGUGGCCGGCAUCCUGUACAAGUUCCAGGAUGUGCUGCUCUACUUCCCCGACCAGCCCUCAUCAUCCCGCCUUUACAUCCCCAUGCCGACGGGAAUCCCCCACGAGAACGUGUACAUCCGCACCAAAGACGGUGUACGGCUCAACCUCAUCCUGCUCCGUUACACCGGCGAAAACCCCGCCUCUGCUCCCACCAUUUUAUAUUUCCACGGCAAUGCAGGGAACAUCGGCCACCGCGUCCCAAACGCACUGCUCAUGCUAGUCAACCUGAAGGCCAACUUGGUUCUGGUGGACUACAGAGGCUACGGAAAAAGCGAAGGAGAUCCUAGCGAAGAGGGACUGUACCAAGACGCAGAGGCCACCUUGGAUUAUGUCAUGACCCGGCCGGACAUCGACAAGACCAAGGUGGUGCUUUUCGGCCGCUCAUUGGGUGGCGCGGUGGCCAUUCGUCUGGCAUCGUGCAACCCGCAUCGAGUGGCCGCCAUCAUGGUGGAGAACACUUUCCUGAGCAUCCCACACAUGGCGGCCACGCUAUUCUCUUUCUUCCCCAUGCGUUACCUACCGCUCUGGUGCUACAAGAACAAGUUUCUGUCCUAUAGACAUGUACCACUGUGCCGUAUGCCAUCUCUCUUCAUUUCGGGCUUAUCAGACCAACUCAUCCCUCCGGUGAUGAUGAAACAGCUGUACGAACUGUCGCCGUCUCGGACUAAACGUCUCGGUAUCUUUCCUGAGGGUACGCAUAAUGACACAUGGCAGUGCCAGGGUUAUUUUGCCACCCUAGAGCAGUUUAUGAAGGAGCUUCUUAAAAGCAAUGGGCGAGAAGAGACGGCCCAGGGGACCACCAACGUCACCAUAAUCUAGAACAGUAACUACUGUUGACUGCUCUGAAUCUGGACCUUCUCAGAUAGAAUGUACAAUUUAUUCUCUCUUGUUUUAUUAUUAUUUCUCUUCUCCCCAACUUCUACGCUCUUUCUUUCCAUUGAUCACACACCAAGAAUUCAUUAUUUACAAUUUCAUUUAUUUAAUAGAGAAGGGUUAAUAUUUUAAGCCUUCAGAAUAGUAUGUUUUUUUAUAUAUAUCAAGUAUGAAUGCACCUGCCUCGAGAACUUAAUGCCCUUUGAGUCUUUUUUUCUACCCUCAGAAGUAUUCUAAUAUCCCCACCACCUCCAAACGCAACUGGAAAUAGUUGUUUGCCUAAUUGCAAUGGUCAGAACUUCUUUCUUGGCUUGAUCUCUUCAGUAUAGAGGUCAGAUUUAGAAAAGUGGUUUAAAAUACCUGACUAAAGUAAUGUCUGUGGUUACUAUUAUACGAGGAGACUGUCACGUUUGUUCUACCUCAUAUUUCAUACAUAAAAAUGGUAGUUUGUAACAGUAAGGUUUAACUUGCUAAAAAGAUUACUUUACUUUGAGUUUGAUUUACACAUUUAGAAAACAAGACAGCUUAAAAAAAAUCACAUUUGACAUAUGGCUGUAUGUAAUUUUGUUAACCACUGGCACUGAUUUUAUUUUAACCAUGAAUGAUGAACUACUAUUCCAAAAACUCCUAGAUUUUAGGACUGCAAAACUAAACAACUCUAACAAAUGGAGAAGCUUUAUUUUCAUUUAUUUGGUUUGUAUGUAAUGUAUACACCUUUUUUAUUUUUUUUACCGAACAGAGGGCUCAUAACAAUUUUUGCCUUUUAAAUUCCAGUGAAUACAGUUUAAUGUACCAGGGGCAACUGAUUCUAGUUCAGUCAUCUUUGUCUAUGGCAUUUCAUGCAUUCAAUCUUUUGUACCCGGCUGUAAUGCGUUGGAGCUUUAUUUUCACACACUGCCUUCGUUUUGUUACGGAAGGUUUAAAAUCCACUCAGGAAAUCGGCUCAUUGUGGUUUGAUAACAUGUCUUGGUUUUGCAUUUGGAGCUGUGUGUGAGAAGUAUAGAUUUCUAUACUGAUUUUCAUGUGGGCUCCAGUUCACUAUGAGCGCCGAAUGAAAAUACCAACACAAGAAGCCUAAAGUAGGUUUACUCUCUCUCAGGCUUAGUGAUCUUCUGAAAGUAAGAGUGAAAUGGCACAUAGCAGCUGCUUGACAGUGUUCAAAGCACAGUCCAUUUGCACAACUUGUAAAAAAGAUGUUUUUCUUAUUUUAUUAAGGUCAAUUAUUUAACAUCAGAUCUCUGCCUAUAACCUGUUUUGUUUGGAUCAUGUUGGAAAAUCCUGCCCAAAUGGUGCGUGUUGCGCCGUCACACAUCCAUUUUCAAAAAGCAGAAACAUUCACAAUAAUGCAAUGAUUAACGAACACAAAAAUUUUAAUUGGCAAAAUGACUUUCUUCUUCUGUGGAACAAAUUAGGAGAAAUUUUGAAGAGCGCAUUAGUCACUCUUUCCCAUGAAGUUGCAGCUAGAAGCCUCAGGGCUCAUUAAUAAAAGUGAGUAUCAUAAAGUUUAACUUAUAUUUUGAAGGCACACAAUGAACAUUUGUUAUUCACUAAAGUUCUU